CUGGUGUGAUUGGAGGGAAACCCCGUGGACUGCAUUCAGACAGACGGGCUGGGAGAAUCAGCUGUAGUUUGGAACGCCGAAAUCACUGCUAUCUGCUAGUACUCAGUGAGCAGUCAUGAGCGAGGCACCCCAGAAGGAACUGGUGCAAAAGGCCAAGCUGGCCGAGCAGGCUGAGCGCUAUGAUGACAUGGCCGCUGCAAUGAAGGCUGUGACGGAGGAGAGCGAGCAGCUGUCGAACGAGGAGCGUAACCUGCUGUCGGUAGCCUACAAAAAUGUGGUGGGUGCCCGGCGCUCCUCGUGGCGCGUGGUGUCCAGCAUUGAGCAGAAGGCAGACGGCAGCGAAAGGAAGCAGGCCAUGGCCAAAGAGUACCGGGAGAAGAUUGAGAAAGAGCUGAAAGAGAUCUGCCAGGACGUGCUGGGUCUCUUGGACGAUUAUCUCAUUGCCAAAGCCACUGCGGCAGAGAGCAAAGUCUUCUAUUUGAAAAUGAAAGGAGAUUACUACCGCUACUUGGCUGAGGUGGCUACAGGAGAAGAGAGGACAUCCAUCAUUACAGACUCAAAGGAAGCCUACCAAAAGGCCUUUGAUAUCAGCAAAGACGAAAUGCAGUCCACACACCCAAUCCGUCUUGGUCUUGCUCUCAAUUUCUCCGUUUUCUUCUAUGAGAUCCUCAACUCUCCUGAUGAGGCCUGCCAGCUGGCUAAAGCCGCGUUUGAUGAAGCCAUUGCAGAGCUCGAUGCUCUGAGUGAAGAUUCAUACAAAGACAGUACACUAAUCAUGCAGCUACUGAGAGACAACUUGACACUGUGGACCUCUGAUAACCAGGCUGAGGGAGAGGAUACGGAGGAGACCAGAGAAUGAGCCAGACCCCCAUAGUCAUUGCUGUCUACCUGCCACCAUUCUGCUUCAUUUUCCAUCAUGAUCAUCAACACUGAGACCACCUCAUUAUUAUUAUUAUUAUUAUUAUUAUUAUUACCAUCAUCAUUGUCGUCCAAUUCCCUCCAUCUUUUUUCUAUUUAGUUCUCUCAACACUCAUCUCAUUCCUUUCGGUUUACUAUUCCUUCUUUUGAAGUAACUGGGGAAAGGGGAUGGGGAGGGAGGGUAAGUUUUAAAUUGCGUGGAAGGGUAAAGUGUGCUUGGGAUUGGUUGUUUGUCUGCUGACCUUUUUUAUUUUUUUUUUUUUUUUUGCAUUUGGGAGCCUUAGGGCUGUUGCAUUAUUGAGGUGGUGGGUGAGAGGGCAAGUUCUCAACUCAUGAAACAUGCAGCAGGUUGAGUUUUUUGUCAAAAAACAGUUAAACUGUUUGUGUGUGUAUCCUAUUCAUGUUAAGGGUCCUGUUUUUGAGUAACACCAUCUUUUGAUGAUACAUCUGUGGUUUCACAAAAUGAGGACUUGGCUCCUCGUACCUUAGGAGACAGCAGUUGGCGUGUACUUGGCAGGAGGAAUGACAGCAGAGGUAAAGACCGUGGAGGGGUAAUGGAGACAGAAGGCAAGGUUUUGUUGGAACACAAAGGUUACAUUCCAUUUACUGUCAGUUGCUCAACUUUCUACUCUAUUUUUUUUUUUUUUUUUGGGUGACCUGCUUUUGUAUUUCUAUGUAUCAAUUACGAGGUAUAGAAAACUUUGAAGAACAAAAUAGCACACAAGCUUGUUUUUAUGAGCACAGCAGUAACAAAAAUAAAAUCCCACGUGCUUAUAUAGUUACUGCUUUUUCAAAUUAAGAUUUUUAUUUGAUUUGUCUUCUAUUCUCUUUUUUUUUUUUUUUUUUCUUUCAAUACUUGCCUAAACUGCAUGUUGGUAAGAAGUAGUUUGUGGAGAUAUAAGGAUGGUUGUUGUCGGGCGGGCUAGCGUUCAUGUCUUUGGAUUUUUCAUACAGAACACCCAAGCAUAACUGUUAUUUGGGGGGAAAUGUGUAAUUUCAUGUAAGUGGAAUAAAAACUAAUAAUUUAAAAGUU